GGUGCUUUCUUGUUUUAUUGAUGUUUGUAUUCAUGCUUGGAUGAACGGCAGCAAGGAAGAAUAUUUUCAUGGCGAUUUUUCUUCUCAUUUUCUUAUUCCUAUUCACUAAUUUGAGAGCCGAAGAGCGACCAUUCGAUGUAAAGCAACAUCUGUCCACGGUUACCAGAUAUGGUGCAGCGAAAGGUGGUCGUCAUAGUAAUUAUGUUCCCGCUCCUGAUGGAUGCAUUCCAAUCCAUUUAAAUCUUGUGGUUGCUUGUAUGAACUUAAAUGGAAAGUUAUAUCUUUAAACCCUCUUACAGAAGGGGAGGCACGCAAGGUUGCUUUCUUGCCACGGAUUCUAGCAGAGUAUAUGUUUCUUUUCGGCCGUGCUAGGCACGGAACUCGUGCUCCAACCAAAAAACGGAUCAAAGAGUUAAACAACUUGGAGAAACAAUUAGAGAUGCUUUUAAGUGCUGCUGCAAGAAAUGGUUUGUCCCUGCAUAAAGUUCCUUCCUGGUUGAAGGGAUGGAAAUCUCCUUGGAGAGAAAAAGUGAAUGGAGGAGAAUUAAUUCCUGAAGGAGAGCAAGAAUUGUAUGAUCUUGGAAUUAGAACAAGAAAAUUGUUUCCUGACUUGUUGAGCGACGAUUAUCACCCCGACAUAUAUACAAUCAAAGCAACUCAGAUUCCUCGGGCAUCAGCUAGUGCUGUGGCAUUUGGUAUGGGGCUAUUCCGUGGGAGAGGAAGCCUUGGAUUAGAUCGUCAUCGAGCUUUUUCUGUUGUUAGUGAGAGUCGUGCCAGUGAUACAAUGCUUAGGUUUUUCGACUGCUGUCAGAGAUAUGAGGAUUACAGGAAGAAUCAGGAACCUGAAGUUGAGAAGCGUAGGGAACCUGUACUUGAUGAUAUUUCUAAGUCACUCACUGAACGUUAUGGUCUAAAUUUUACCUGGCAACACAUUUCAUCUCUUUGGUUUCUCUGUAAGCAGGAGGCAUCCUUAUUGGACAUAACAGAUCAAGCUUGUGGAAUGUUCAGCCUGUCUGAGGUUGCUUUGUUGGAGUGGACGGAUGAUAUGGAGGUGUUUAUAUUGAAGGGUUAUGGCAAUUCAUUAAACUAUAGAAUGGGAGUUCCUUUGUUGCAAGAUAUUGUUCAAUCCAUGGAGAAAGCUAUCACAGCCAAAGAAGAAAAACAAGUUCCUGGCAGCUAUGAGAAGGCAAGACUUCGUUUUGCUCAUGCUGAAACUGUGCUUCCAUUCACAUGUUUGCUGGGGCUCUUCCUUGAAGAAGGACAUCAUGGAUUUAAACAAAUACAAAGGGAGCAGUCUUUGCAACUUCCUCCACGGCCUCCAGCUACUAGAAUCUGGAAGGGAAGUGAUGUUGCACCUUUUGCUGGGAAUAACAUGCUGGUUCUCUAUAGCUGCCCCGCCACUAACUUGUCGGACGAGUACUUUGUGCAAGUCUUGCAUAAUGAAGAACCCAUAGCAAUGCCGGGUUGUGAUGGUUUGAAUUUUUGCCCCUUCCAAAUGUUCAAGGAUAAAAUUGUGGCCCCUCAUCUUGAACAUGAUUUCGACACGUUGUGCACAGUGAAUGUGGAAGAACCAACACCACCCACACCACCGCCUGAACCGAGUAAGUUAUCACUGUUCCGUUGGCUCUUCUCGCUGUGGAAUGACGAUAAACAACCUCGAACAGAUGAAUUGUAAUCAAACAAUGCUUACUAACUAAUUCAAUUUUUGUUGUUGACAUUGUUUCCUUAAUGUGUAUAUCAUCAACAGGCACAGACGCUGAGUUCACGUUUUAUUACAUGUAGGGAGGAGUGACUCGUUUUUCGUGCUAAUUUCGAGUUUUGUUUUAACCUCAUCUUGAGCUUCCAUUGUUUCACACUUCUCUUUCAUUUGAAGAUUUAGACUCAAAUACAAUAUUGGCUUUUGCUUGAUGUUUUACUACAAAA